AUGCUGAAUGGCAAGUUCUACACGGGUCUGCCGCCCAAAAUGGAGGGGCGGCAGUGCGGCCUUGGCCGGAAUCGUCAGGAAUCGCAUUUCUUUUGGCCCGACGAGACACAUGUGGACAGCGCGGUAGAGACGCGCGUCAAGCGACGCUCGAGCCUGCAACUGGAGCCAAAGGAGCGACCACAGUUGAGCAAACGGCUGUCGGUGGUGCAGGAGCCGGAGGUGGAUACGCGACAAAUGUUUCACAAGGAGUUCGCCAACUCCUCCAUACAAUUCUAUGACAAUCUGCAGGAGCAGAACAACUACAACAACAACACAAGGAGGCCUAUGCUACGGCGUGGCAUGCGACGCGAAGUAACGCCCAAGUUAACGGACAUCGAGCCCAAGUUCUUGCCAGCCGAGAGUGGCGUCGAUUUGGAUCAUAAGCUGGCAAAAAGAGCUCAAGCCUACACCUCUAAGAUACAGUUCUAUGACUUCAUCAAUGAAGCUGAUGAGCAGCCAGCCGCACAGAACAAUGCGCGCCGUCCCAAAAUGGACAUGAACGACAAACGCGAAAUGGAGCGCAAUACCAAGAACAGUCCCAAGUUGCAGGUGAAGCGGAAUGUGCGCAACCUAAGCCUGGAGCGGGAACUUCUAACACCCGAACGAGAGCAUCCCGUCCUGACGAAGAAACCCUUAAAUGAUGGCAAGCUCAAAAAGCUGUCCGAUAGCCUACGGAAUGGAGAGGUGAAAAGGGAACGACCUCUGCUGAUGCCCAAGAAAAUAUUAAAGCAACGCCAGCCAGCGCCAGAGGACGACGCCAUUUUGGAUUUUGUCGAUAAUGGCGUGCGACAGUUGCGCCUGCGCGCCAUGCCGCCGAAAAAGCAUGUGACUUACAACGAGCAGACGGCAGAAUAUGCUUACUAUGAGCAUGAUGAUGCAGAGGAGGGGCGAGGGGAGCGCAUGGAGCGGCGUCAAGUGCCAAAUAUGCGCACAGGAAGUGGCCAACAACGCCAACAACAGCAGCGACCAUAUGUGGAAACUAGUCGCACUGAGACAAAGUCAUUAAAUAAUAAUAAAAACAGCCAUAAUAAUAACAAUAAUUAUGCCAGCAACAACAACAGCGAGACAAUGAGCAGCACACGGAAAAAUUUGCCAAAAUUGUCAAGCGCAGCUGAUGACAUACGACCAGCAGCAGAGUCUGAGCCAGAAUCAACACUUCCCUCUCCCACAUCCGAUCCCCGCAAGCAUUUGCGCAGCAGCCUCUGCUUCAAUGGCGAUGCUUUGGUCGUUGACGCUGCCGCUACGACGCCCACGUCGCUGACGCAGCGACGCGCCGCUCGCAGCUCCGCCAUGCAGCGCGUCAGCGUGGGACUGCCCGAUUGA